AAAGGCGGCUGUCGGGUCGUUUCCUCCUCCGAGCGCGAUUGGGUCAGGGGCGGACUAGCGAGCGGGUAGUAAUCGGGGUCAACGUUUACCGGAGCUAAACAAUGGCAGACAAGCUGGAUAUGUCGCUAGACGACAUCAUCAAACAGAGUAAGCAGCAGCGGGGUGGCGGAGGCGGCCGCGGUGGAAGAGGCGGCCGUGGCCGGGGAGGAGCCGGCGGAGGCCGCGGCGGCGGCGCCGGGCGACUCGCAAGCGCGGGCGGCGGCUUUACCAGCCGCGGCGGAGGAUCAGGCCCCAUGAGGAACCGACAGAGCUUGAGCCGCGGCAGAAGCAGACCCACGCCGUACAGCAGGCCCAAGCAGCUCCCUGACAAGUGGCAGCACGACCUGUUCGACAAUGGCUACAAUGCCAGCGCAGGAGGUGGUGGAGCUGGCGUGGAAACCGGAGGAAAGCUUCUUGUAUCCAAUCUCGACUUUGGCGUCUCGGAUGCAGAUAUUCAGGAACUCUUCGCAGAAUUUGGCACUUUGAAGAAAGCCGCUGUCCAUUACGACCGGUCAGGGCGCAGCCUUGGCACUGCCGAUGUCCACUUUGAGAGGAAAGCAGACGCCCUGAAAGCCAUGAAACAGUACAACGGUGUUCCUCUUGAUGGUCGUCCCAUGAACAUCCAACUCGUCACAUCGCAGAUUGAUGCACAGAGGCGAACCCCAAUGCAGGGUCUGAAUCGUGGAGGUGGCGGCGGCAUGAACAGAAACCGGGCAGGAGGCUUUGGAGGUGUACAGAGAGGCCGCGUGAGUCGUGGAGGAGGACUCCGAGGCCGUGGCAGAGGAGGAGGAGGAGGAAGGGGGAAUAACAAACAGCAGCUCUCGGCAGAAGAGCUGGAUGCACAGCUAGAUGCAUACAAUGCCAGGAUGGAUACCAGCUAAAUGACCCUUGGGGAAAGCUGCGUUCAUCUCUUCUCGUGAGAGGGCAGCCGUUACAGCUUUGAACAUGGACGUUUUACACUUUAAUGUCGAGUGAUUUAAACUUGUGUAUCAAUCUUUCUCCUUUUAAAAUGCUCAGACGUGUUUUUUACCUACAUUUUUGUUGGUUUUUAAGUUCCUUUUUUGAGAAACUGGUCUGACUGUAGGAUUUGAUGGGGGGUGCUUGUCUUUACCUUCCCUUUGUAGAUCACUGUAAUAAAACCUGCAGUACAUAGUAUCCAA